AUGUUGGCGGGGUCUUAAGAUGGCUGCCGGGCGGCCGGCGACCGACGGGAGAAAAGAUGUGGAGUGGGCUGCUCCCUCCUGGCCUAAAUGAAAGUGAUACCAAUUUAGAAUCUGAAGAUGAAGCCACAUCAGAGAGUUCUGGACCUAAUUUACAGGGAGAUAAGGUGGAUGAUGGGACCAAGGAAAACACUGAAACCACAGAGUGCCCUCCGGAUGGACCCCGCACUGCGCCAGAGGCAAAUGUAAAUGCAUACAAAGAGUGUCCUUCUGGGAUCUCUCUAACUAUGUGGGAGAAAUUUCAAGAAUUGCAUAAAAGAAAUUCUGAACAGACAGCUGCGAAUUCAAGAUUCAGGAGGAAGAGAAGAAAACGUUCCAGAAAAGGCAAAUUAAACAAUGAAGAAGACGAAUCUCAGAGUGGCCAGCCCUCCAAGGAAGAUGAGUGGAAGGAGCUUACUCAGUAUUUUGGAAUCAAUGAGAGGUUUGACCCCCCUGUUAAAAAGAAGAAGGUUGAGAAGUCAGGUCUUGAAAAGCGCAUAGACCAGGCCGUGGACGACUGGGAUAUUGAGAAGGCCGAGGAACUCAGUAACCAGCUUGCUACUCGAGAGCUUGGUGUAAAAAUUACAAAAGCAGUUGCCUGCCAUAAGUUUAUGAAGGCCAAAAAAGAAGCCGAAAAUUCACAGGCUGCUCGAAAAAAGAAGAAGCUUGCAUGGGGGUUUGAGGCAAAGAAGAGAUGGGAAACGAAAAGCAACAUGGGAUACAUGUGACUCGCCAGCGUGAAGACAUUUGAGUCCCGAGUUUCCACUGGAGUCUUAAGCAGCUCAGUUUACUAAGAAGAUGCCCCUGCUGUGUUACAUAUAUCUGGAAAUUGAUAGAAGGAAGUGAAAAUAAGCAUAAAAUUUGAGUGCUGAUUAUCAAAUCUGUUCAUUUCUUUCCUAAAGAGUUCACUAUUGAAGUGAACGAAACGGUGCAUUCUGUUCCUAUGCAGGAAAUCUAAGACUACACCCGGGCAGAAGAUAAGAGUGUGUUUAUUUGUAUAUUUACAUCGUCCUCCAGUAUAAAAUCAAUUUUACUUUGCAUCCAUGUGGUGUAGCAUAGCCAAUGAACUCCCUUUGCUUUCUUGAAAAAUCCGUCCUCAGUGUAACUGCGCUCAAUUGGAAUUGUGUUUAUAAGAGUGGCAUUUGUUUAUAAUGAAUUAGCCUUAAGUGCAAGAAAUUUUCUUAUUGCCUUUGCAAAUGAGUUUAAUUAUCUUAUUGGAGGUAGUAGAGUUGAUAUUUUAGUCAGCAAGUAAAAUAAUUAUUUUUUGUGUACCUUUAGAUAAAAUACUAUAAUAAAAAUAAGUUUAUUAUAUGGA